GCGGAGCAGUGCGGCGAGAGACGAUGCUGGGAUGCGUGACACGCCUCCGUCGGCUGGUCCGCCUCCUUCCCCUGCAGACCUCCCUGCUCAUCCUCUUCCUGUUCUGCACCGUAAGCGUCUUCAUCUUCUCCUACUUCCUCUAUGGCGUCAAGCGAGAGCCGGAGCCUUCGGCGGUGGGCUUGUCCGGCCCCGACGGAGCCUCCGCGGACUCGGACUACCCGAGGGUGGUCCCGUCCCGGCUACUGCCCGUGCGGAGCGUCCCGGGGGCGUCCGGGGUGGACCUCGGAGGGACCAGGACAGAUCCUGUGGUUCUGGUGUUUGUGGAAAGCCAAUAUUCUCAACUGGGGCAGGAGAUCGUGGCCAUCCUGGAGUCCGGCCGGUUCAAGUACCGGACUGAGAUCUCUCCCGGGAAGGGGGACAUGCCCACCCUGACGGACAAGGAGAGGGGGCGUUUCACGCUGGUGAUUUACGAAAACAUUCUCAAGUAUGUGAACUUGGACGCUUGGAACCGAGAGCUGCUGGAUAAAUACUGCGUGGAAUACGGAGUGGGCAUCAUCGGCUUCUUCAAGGCCAACGAAAACAGCCUGCUGAGCGCGCAACUCAAAGGCUUCCCCCUCUUUCUGCACUCCAACUUGGGGUUGAAGGACUGUAUGGUCAACCCCAAGUCGCCGCUCCUCCUAAUCACCCGGGCGGGCCAGACGCUGCCCGGUCCCCUGCCGGGGGACGACUGGACCGUGUUCCAGUCCAACCACUCCACCUACGAGCCCGUGCUGAUGGCGAAGACCCAGUCGGCCGAGAGCGUGGCGUCGCUGGGGCAGAACGCGGCCAUGCUGCCCUCGGUGGUGCAGGACCUGGGGCUUCACGACGGCAUCCAGAGGGUCCUGUUUGGCAAUAAUUUGAACUUUUGGCUGCACAAGCUGGUGUUUGUGGACGCCGUGGCUUUCCUCACCGGGAAGAGGCUCUCGCUGUCCCUGGAGCGCUACAUCCUGGUGGAUAUAGAUGACAUCUUUGUGGGCAAGGAAGGCACCCGCAUGAAGGUGCCUGAUGUGAAGGCCCUGCUGGAGACGCAGAGGGAGCUGCGCACCCAUGUGCCCAACUUCACCUUCAAUCUGGGCUUCUCAGGGAAAUUCUUUCACGCUGGAUCGGACGAGGAGGACCUGGGAGAUGACCUGCUGCUGUCCCAUGUGAAGGAUUUCUGGUGGUUUCCUCACAUGUGGAGCCACAUGCAGCCCCAUUUAUUCCACAACCAGUCGGUGCUGGCCGAGCAGAUGUUGCUCAACAAGAAAUUUGCCAUGGAGCAUGGGAUUCCCACGAAUAUGGGCUACGCAGUGGCCCCUCACCACUCCGGGGUCUAUCCUGUACACAUGCAGCUGUAUGACGCCUGGAAGAAGGUUUGGGGCAUCAAAGUGACCAGCACAGAGGAGUACCCUCACCUAAAACCCGCUCGCUUCCGGCGGGGAUUCAUCCACAGCGGCAUCAGCGUGUUGCCCCGGCAGACUUGUGGUCUUUUCACGCACACCAUCUUCUACAAAGACUACCCAGGCAGCCCGAACGAACUGGACAAGCUCAUCAAUGGGGGGGAACUCUUCCUCACCGUUCUGCUGAACCCUAUCAGUAUUUUCAUGACCCACCUGUCCAACUAUGGGAACGACCGUCUCGGUCUGUACACCUUCAAAAGCUUGGUGAUGUUUGUGAAGACGUGGACCAACCUGAAGAUGCAGACUCUGCCGCCUAUCCAGCUGGCUCAGAAGUACUUCAGCCUGUUUCCAUCUGAGAGAGAUCCCCUCUGGCAGGAUCCUUGUGAGGAUAAAAGACACAAGGACAUCUGGUCCAAAGAGAAAACAUGUGACCGCUUCCCAAAGCUGCUCGUCAUCGGGCCUCAAAAGACAGGAACAACAGCACUUUACCUAUUUAUUGGCAUGCAUCCUGACUUGACCAGCAACUAUCCCAGCAAGGAGACGUUUGAGGAGAUCCAGUUCUUCAAUGGACACAACUAUCACAGAGGCAUUGACUGGUACAUGGAGUACUUCCCUCUGCCCUCCAACACCAGUUCAGACUACUACUUUGAGAAGAGUGCCAACUACUUUGACUCUGAGGUGGCUGCUCAGAGGGCUGCCGCUCUUCUGCCUAAAGCGAAGAUCAUCACCAUCCUCAUCAACCCAGCGGACAGAGCUUACUCCUGGUACCAGCACCAAAGAGCUCAUGACGACCCAGUGGCGCUGAAGUACUCCUUCAACGAAGUCAUCACUGCAGCCCGCGACGCUUCAAUCAAACUACGGGUUCUCCAGAAUCGGUGCCUGGUGCCGGGUUGGUACGCUGUCCACCUGGAGCGCUGGCUGAAUCACUAUCAUUCCAGCCAGUUGUUGGUUUUGGAUGGACAGAUGCUGAAGACGGAGCCCGCCUCGGUCAUGGAUAAAAUCCAGAAGUUUCUCGGCCUCCCCAACGUCAUCAACUACCACAAGAUCUUGGCAUUUGACCCCAAGAAAGGCUUCUGGUGUCAGCUGCUGGAGGGAGGAAAGACCAAGUGUCUGGGAAAGAGUAAAGGACGCAGGUACCCUGACAUGGACCCCGAGUCACAGGAGUUCCUCAGGGAGUACUAUCGAGACCACAACAUUGAGCUGUCUAAGCUGCUCUACAGGAUGGGUCAGCCGCUGCCCAGCUGGCUGAGAGAGGAGCUGGUCCACACCAGGUAGCAGCACCGCCGCAGGGGAAAACCACAGCUCCACGUUCCGAAA